CAAAGUGCAUAUAAUUCAAACCAAGUCCAGACUAAAUAAAGCCAACCUCUCUCUUGAAAGACGUUCAACAUGGUUGAGUUGAGAACGAAGGUCAAAAUUGUAUCAAGAAAGUUGAUAAAACCAGCGGCUCCAACUCCACCUCACCUUAAGAGUUACAAAACCUCAUCCAUAGACCAACUUGCUCCUCCAGCAUAUGUGCCAUUUAUUCUGUACUACGAUGCCAAUGGUGACAAAAAUGAAGUUGAUGAAAGGAGCAAGCAUUUGGAGAAAUCACUUUCAGAAAUCUUGACCCUCUAUUACCCUUUAGCUGGUAGAUACAUCAAAGAUAAGCAACUAGUUGAUUGUAAUGAUGAGGGGGCGGAAUACUUGGAAGCCCAAGUAAGUGGAAAGCUUGCUCAAGUUCUCCAGGGAGAACUCAAACCCGAACUGUUGAAUUCUCUUGUUCCCAAUGUAAUGCCAUCGGAAACUACUCCUUUGGCAUUUGUUCAAGUCAACAUGUUUGAGUGUGGUGGGCUAGCCAUUGCGCUGGAAUGUGCUCAUUUUAUAAUUGAUGGAAUUACAGCCACUACGUUUUUCAAUGCAUGGGCUAAAGCAUGCAAAGCGGAAGGGGUCAAUGAAGUGAUUCACCCAAGUUUUGACUUGGCUUCUUUCUUUCCACCAAGAGAGAAUAUUAUGCCUAUGGUGCCACCUAAGAAACCUGGUCCUCGUGCAAAUCCAAUCAUCACCAAAAGGUUUUUGUUCAAUAAGGCAGCAAUAUCAAGCCUGAAAGCCACUGCCAAAGGUGGUGCUGGUGAUUCUGAAUCAUUAUCAAAACGCCAACCUUCACGGGUGAUAGUGGUGACAGCACUUAUAUGGAAGGCUCUCAUUGCUGUGAAUAAAGCUAGACAUGGGCACUUGAGAGCCUCUACUAUAUGUCAUUCAUUGAACCUGCGUGGAAAGACGGCUCUGUCAAUACCGGAUAACUCUUUUGGGAACUUCUACAUGGUGGCCAAUGCUCGAUUUGGUGGAGACAAUGAGAGCAAGUUUGAGUUGCCUGACUUGGUGAAUGCUCUUGAAGAUUCGAUAAAAAAUGGACUCGAUGACUGCAUGAAACCACAAAAUGGGGAUGAAUUAGUUUCUGUUUUGACUAAAUCCUUAAGCGAGGUCGGGAAAGAACGUGAAAGAGGUGAGACUGAUAUCUAUAUGUUCAGUAGCUGGUGCAGGUUCCCUUUCUAUGAAGCGGAUUUUGGUUGGGGAAAGCCUGCUUGGAUGAGCAUUGUAGCUAUUCCUAUGGAAAUAAUUGGUAUGUUUGACACCAAAGAUGGUGAUGGAAUUGAGGCAUGGGUGAGCUUGCAUGAACAAGCUAUGCUUCUGUUUCAGAAUUAUCCAGAGAUUAAAGCCUUUACCUCCCAAAUCUAGUUGUGUCAUUGUGACUUGAAGUCACAAUUUUUAACUUAAAAUCAUGAUUUCAACUCACAAUUUCAGUUAUUUUUUCAUGUGUGUGUAACUAUGUGUGUAAUAGAGUAUGUGUAAUAAACACAAUUCUUAGUAAGAUGAUAAAAGUUAUUAAACAUAUGCUAUUACACACACAGGAAAAAGUUACUAAAACUGUACUGACUUGAAGUCAUGAUUUUUAAUUUGAAAAUCAUGACCUGUACUCAUAGUUUCAAUUUCUUUUUCAUGUGUGUAAUAGAGUGUAUGUAAUAAAUUCUACUCUUAAUAAGAAUUAAUUUCAGAUUAUGUAUGAA